AGGUCAUGUGAUCAGUGUCUGGCAUGGAAGCAGCUCCGUGAAAACCCCCUGACACUACGCACGUUCCUCCGGUCCUGUAACUGGCUGCAGGCGGGACCAUGAUAACCAGUCCCGUUUACUAAGCAGGAUCCCCGGAACCACCGAACAUCUGACAGCAGCCAUACUUCCGGAGUCAGGGUCACUCACCCUCACACUUCCUGGAGGAGAACUGCAAUAUACACAACACAACCGGAGUCAGUCAGUGAAUAUGUUAGAAAAAGAGCAACGAGAUGCUCUGGAAUGUGAUUUGAUAGACCAUCCAGACACUGUGACCUGUGAGCGCCUGAAUGAAAUGUUGCAUGUCUCCCUAAAAGAACGUUAUAGAAGACUAGAUGUGGAGACCCUGCUUCGUGGUGGAACACAGACACCACCUUUAAGAUCUGUUAUAACUGCUCUCAAUAUUCUGGAGAAAUAUGGAAGGAACUUAUUGUCCCCUAAUCGUCCCAAGUUUUGGAGGAGUGUCAAGUUUAACAAUCCAGUAUUCAAAGCCCAGGUGGAUGCAGUUGAGGGUGGACGUCUUGUUCUCUCCUUAUAUGGAUACUCGUGCUCUCUUCCUGAUGGUCUCAGCUUCCCAGAAAGUGUGAAGGAGCCAGACAUUCCUACUGUAGCUGCAGUAACUGCUGAUGUCAUUAUCCUUCAUCACGAACUCAACCUUCUCAUCUCGAACUCCCAUCCACGACAGGUUGAAGCAGCAAAGGAACUUUUGAAUGGAGGACUUCGACAGCCUUCUCUUGUUCCAGAUUCAUCAGUUGCCUCUCAAAUUCCUCCUUCAGUACCUGUCUCAACUGGAUGCUGUCUCUGUGGUGUGCCCACAGUUUCCGUGUGGUGCUCCUCAUGUAAUGACAUGUUGUGCACCUCGUGUGAUCACAGAGUACAUACACAUCCCAAUCGCGUACAUCACCAGCGUUCAUCUUGUGGCACAUCAGGAACACAGAGGUCUCCAGGGCAUGUUUCAGUGCCAGUUUCAGCUUCUCGUCCACUAUGGCAGUGUGCAACUUGCCAUAAUCUAAACCGUGGGGUAUCAGUGCUUUGUGUUGGAUGUGAACGUCCACGUGGCUGUGCAAGUAGCCCGUCUAGUCCUUCACUAGGGAGUACAUUAAAGAGAGACAGCUGGGUGUGUAUGGCUUGCACUCUGCAAAAUGAUUCCUCUGCUGUGCUGUGUGCUGUAUGUGAACGACCAAGACUAGCCAGCAGGCCACCAAGAGACAACCAGGAGGCCUCUCCUAUUUCCUUAAUAGACUGCCAUGAGUCCCAAAUGAUUUCGCAAGUGGGCUCUGGUAAAGGUUCAAUAUUCCCUGACUGCAGCAUCCAAAAGCAUAUGCCAUGCUACGACAUAGGAAGUCAUAAGAUUUCAGAAAAGCAGGCCACUGAUCUACCAAUGCAUAUCCGAAAUGAGACAGGGGGCUCUCUGGAAAGCAUCAGUCCACUUAAAGAUGAUAAGGGGGAGGAUAGUCACGUUAAUGUGCAGGGCUGGCAGUGCUCCCAUUGUACCUUCUAUAAUAUUAAAAGUGGACGGGUUUGUGAAAUGUGCGAUAGGACCAGCGAAUGUGCUGCAGUUUCAGAGGUUAAAAAAACUGAGGAUACACAGAAACUCUCAUGUUACCAGGAGGAAAUCAGAAAGAAGAAACUGAGUGAGGAUGGAGCAAAAUUAGUGGCGCUUAUAAGGGAAGGGGAGAGAAGCUGGGUCUCCCCUGAGGAAAUAUGCAGUGCAGUGCGAUACUCUGGUACAGAGGUGCCUCUACGGUGGCUUCAAACUGAACUCCCCUAUGUGGUUGAACGUGUCAUUGAUGCAGCAUCGCAGACGGCUGGAACGGAGAUUGGCAUUUUAACUCCAGAUGAAGCACGCAUCGCCUGGAUUUCAAGUGGUGGAGAAAUGGAAGAUGCUGUGACAUUCUGUGUGGCUGAAAGAAGGAGCAAGGUGGAGGAACUGCGCACUCUAGGUUUCACAGAUCGAGAUAUGGCGGUAGCUGCUCUCUUUGAGAGUGCUGGGGACGUAGGGAAAGCACUCUGUAUAUUGCAAAGACCCCUUCUAGAGCCCUUCCUCGUACGCAUGUGGGAAGAGCCGCAGCCAGUCAUUAAUGUGUUCUCAGCAGACAGGCAGGCUAUUCUCCGUCGAUUACUCGCAGAGCAUUCUUUGCAUAGUUGGGGCCGUGCGGAGCUGGCUCUGCAGCUACUUCAAGAGGGAGAAGGCCGUUAUGAUCUCCAGGAUGUUGUGGAGGCAGUGAAAGAGUCACAGGACCGGGACUUUAUCAAGAGGAUGCUAACACAGGAGUGUGCAGUGUGUGCUUGGGAAUUCCCUCGAAACAAGAUGCGCUCUCUAACCUCAUGUGAGUGCUGCAUUUGCCCAGAUUGUUUCCGGACACAUUUCACUGUUGCCAUAAAAGAGAAACACAUCAGGGACAUGGUGUGCCCUGCAUGUGAGGAACCAGAAAUUAGUGAUGAGGGUGAACUCUUGCAUUACUUCUCUACUCUAGAUAUAUUGUUACGAGACACACUCGAGGUCGAUGCCUAUAAUUUAUUUCAUAAAAAGCUGACUGAGAGAACACUAAUGAAGGAUCCCAAGUUUCUGUGGUGUACUCAUUGCUCCUUUGGGUUUAUUUAUGAAAGAGAUCAGCUGGAUGUCAAGUGUCCCCAAUGCGAAUGUAGCUUCUGCAGGAACUGCAAGCGACCGUGGGAGGAACAGCAUCGCUCUUUAAGCUGUGAAGAUUUUCAGAAUUGGAAGAGAGAAAAUGAUGCUGAAUAUCAGGCCCAAGGGCUGGCUGUAUACCUGCAAGAGAAUGGAAUCACCUGCCCGCACUGUAAGUUUUCCUAUGCUCUGGCCCGAGGAGGCUGCAUGCACUUUAUCUGUUCUCAGUGCCGACACCAAUUCUGCAGUGGGUGUUAUAACACCUUUCAUCCCAAGAACAAAUGCACAGUUCGUUCCUGCACAGUGAGGAUGUCUCUCCAUGCCCACCAUCCCAGAGAUUGCCUCUUUUACCUCCGAGACUGGGAGGUGACACGUCUUCAGAGACUCCUCCAAAUGUCCCAAGUGCAAUUUAACACGGAUCCCCCAGCUGGAACACAGGCUGGCCCUGGAGGUGGUUGUCGUGUGAUGGAGCAGAAGGAGAAUCUGGAAGGUCUGAGAGAUGAAGCCUGUGGAAAGAUUACAGCCCCUGGUUAUGCCGGGCUGUGCGAGUCCCACUAUAAAGAAUACCUUGUGAGCCGGAUUAAUGCUCUUUGCCUGGACCCAUGCCUUCUUUAUGACUUGGGAGAGGUGGUCAAUGUGUGUCAGCGUUACUUGUCAGCAUUCCCGCCAAAGGAAGGCAGUGAGGACGAUGGUGGCUAUAGAGAGCGUCUUGUAAGAUUGCUGAUGACUGAGGUCCCGUUGAAUACAAGCUGCCAACGGAAUCAACACUCCUAAUGUGUGACUCACCAUAUGCACGUCGGUUUGAGUACAGAAAUUAUAUGAUCAGAUAUUAUGGGGUUGCUCAGUUAAUUUGUUGUUUAGUUUUUACCCUUCCAAAUAAACAGUAUCUCCAUACAUUUAUCAUAUGUGCAGUCUUAUAUGGAGAGAUUCACUAGAAUUAUCUUUAAAACCUCUAUAAUCAAUCAUCAUGCCGCAGUUCAACUUGAUUAGUCACUGUUUUUCUUUUUCUCUCAGAUUAACAUGCAUUGCGACAUCUGCUCACUUAGAGUAGACUCCAAGCCUUUACUUAAACCAGCAUCACCUAUAUUGGUUGGAUUCUGUAUUACAAGUCUUUGUCUUCACACACCUGUAGUUAUCUCCUGGUGGCCGUGAAAUAAAGAUGAAGGGCAAGGGAAAAUAUGACUUUUAGAACAAAGUGAAAACCUGCAGAAGAGUCCUAUUUCACAUAGCAAGAAGCUAAGAUUGUUUUUCAAGCAUUACAAAUAGUUACACUGCUCAUCAUUUUGUUCAUAAUUAUUUACAAGCAUAUUUAUUUCUUGUAAUGAAUAUAUUUGAGUUUCAUUCACUGAGUACAUUAUUAAUGUCCUCCCUGCGUGUGUUUGUGUCUGUGUAUAUGUAUGUUCAGCAUCUUGUUUAUUAACUGAAAUCAUUUUUAUUUUCCUACUAUAAUGUAGUAAAAGUCCACUGAAGAUACUUGGCAAAUUAAGGCAUUUGGAAAUGUGUACUUUAAUAAAAAAAAGUUAUGUAUUCUGUAAUUAAAUCAAAUG